UACAUUUCUAAGAAACUUGAUCUUUUGUUCAUCGGCGUCGGGUUUUUGGAAGAUUGUCUUCAUCCAUCAAUUGCAGUCGUCUCUUUCCACUCUUGCCCACCAUUCCUCUACUCAUCACCGGCGUUGAUGCUAUAACCUUCCCCUUCUCUCCAAGAUGGCUGCCGCUCGGCCAGUCUGGCCACGCACCUCCUUACCUACUCGUCGACUGCUCCAUCACUUUGGGUCCGUCAGGAGAGUCUAUAACAAUCAUAACAAUGUGCCCGGCCAGAUCACUCAGCAAAGGGCUGAGCCCACCAAUGCAACGCCUGGUGAACCUAGGCGCCCGCCUAGACCGCCCAAGCCCUCGCCCUUCGACACUGCGUUAAACCGCUUUAGUAGGCGACACAUAGGUCCGUCGCCUGAAGAGGAGGAAGAGAUGGUCGCGGCGCUCGAUCCACCGGCUAAGGAUCUCGACGAUUUCGUGAGCCAGUCCUUGCCGGCAGACAUUCGUGCCUCGAAUCCCUUGCAUCUGACCGACCGGUGGAACCGACCUAAUGAAUAUGGCGUUCAUGAGGGGGGUAUUCAGAAGGAGCUUCAUAACUUUGCCAGCUCCAAUAAUUUAGGUGUCUCCUUCAUUGGUCAGGGCUAUUACGGCACUUUCACACCUACAGUGAUUCAGAGGAACGUCCUGGAGAGUCCCGCAUGGUACACAAGCUAUACCCCAUAUCAAGCUGAAAUCAGUCAGGGACGCCUCGAGUCACUCCUCAACUUCCAAACCCUUGUUACAGACUUGACCGGCCUCUCAAUUGCGAAUGCAUCAGUCCUUGACGAGGGGACCGCCGCUGCCGAGGCCAUGACCCUGUCCUUAAACGCACUACCCACCUCACGUCUCAAGAAGGAGGGCAAAGUGUUUGUCGUUUCAUCCUCAGUCCAUCCCCAAACCCAGGCUGUCUUGGCCUCAAGAGCUUCUGGUUUUGGAAUCAACCUCAUUUUUGGCGAUGUCAUCGCAGACGAUUACAAGCUGGUCAAAGAACAAGGUGACAACCUCAUUGGUGUCUUGGCCCAGUAUCCAGAUACUUACGGAGGGGUACACGACUUCCAAGAUCUCUCCGAUCUCAUCCAUCAGAAUGGCGGCACUUUCUGUGUUGCAACCGACUUGCUGGCGUUGACCAUGUUGAAGUCUCCCGGCGAAUUCGGUGCUGAUGUCGCUUUUGGGAGCGCCCAAAGAUUCGGUGUACCUCUGGGUUAUGGGGGUCCGCAUGCCGCCUUCUUCGCAUGCAACGAGAAGCAUAAGCGCAAAAUUCCCGGUCGGCUUGUCGGUGUGUCAAAGGAUCGACUCGGAAAUCGUGCUCUCCGCCUAGCCCUCCAAACUCGCGAACAGCACAUUCGACGAGAAAAGGCCACCAGCAACAUCUGCACUGCACAAGCUCUUCUGGCAAAUAUGAGUGCUUUCUAUGCAAUCUAUCAUGGGCCUCAAGGCUUGAAACGGAUCGCCGAGCGCAUCAUAGCCAUGACAAAAUUUGCGCAGCUACUUCUGCAAAAGCAUGGCUUCGAUAUCUUGACCGAAGGAAGAAACGACCAGGGAUUCGUCCUAUUCGAUACCCUGGUUGUGGAACUCUCCCCCACCAAGGCGAAAAAAGUACAACAAGCCGCUGAAAAUAUGCGUGUACAUCUGCGAAAUAUUGGCUACGAUGAGGGAAGCCAUAAAAUCAAAGUGGGCUUCUCAGUCGAUGAAACAACAACUACUCGUUCUUUAGGCCAGCUACUGGGGGUUUUCGGGAUCUCUAUCGACGAUUUUUUGGAAGCCUCAGCAGAUGAUGCAAUCGCAGCCAAGGUCAACGCCCCGGGCAUUCCUCAUAAUCUAUUGAGACAAACGCAAUAUCUUACACAUCCUGUCUUCAACUCACACCAUUCCGAGACCGAACUGUUGAGAUAUAUCCACCACCUUCAGUCCAAGGAUCUCUCACUUGUUCACUCCAUGAUCCCUCUCGGCUCAUGCACCAUGAAACUCAACGGCACGACUGAGAUGUUGCCGGUAUCGUACCCCGGCUUCUCCAACCUUCAUCCCUUUACCCAAUUGCACAAUGCCACUGGUUAUAAAAAACUAGUGAAGAGGCUCUCCUACUCAUUAGCGAGCAUCACAGGAAUGAAUACGGUCAGUUUACAGCCAAAUUCUGGUGCCCAAGGAGAGUUUGCGGGUUUGCGGGUGAUCAAGAAAUAUCAUGACGACCAGGGAGAUGGCAAGACAAGAAACAUUUGUUUGAUCCCCGUCUCAGCGCACGGUACGAAUCCGGCGUCAGCGGCUAUGGCAGGGUUGAAAGUAGUCCCCUUGAAAUGUGACACCAAGACAGGCAACCUGGAUCUGAAUGACCUGGAAGAAAAGUGCGAAAAGUACAAGGACGAGCUUGCUGCGAUCAUGGUGACGUACCCGAGCACCUUUGGAGUGUUUGAGCCAGCCAUCAAACAGGUGUGUGAGACGGUCCACAAAUAUGGCGGCCAAGUCUACAUGGAUGGCGCGAAUCUCAAUGCACAGAUUGGACUCUGCAAUCCUGGGGAAAUCGGGGCCGAUGUGUGUCAUCUGAAUUUGCACAAAACGUUCUGUAUUCCCCACGGGGGUGGAGGACCUGGAGUGGGACCGAUUGCGGUCAAGGAACAUCUGAAGAAGUACCUUCCUUCGCAUCCCCAUACCGAUCCCCAUUCAGGGCGAGACCCCAAAGAUGCGGAAACGAAGGCGAUUUCUCCAGUCAGCUCGGCACCGUGGGGCAGCGCCUCGAUUCUACCCAUCAGCUAUGCGUAUAUCCAGCUCAUGGGCUCGGAAGGCCUGACACACGGGACCAAAGCGGCCCUUCUCAAUGCCAACUACCUCAUGUCACGACUCCGUCCACACUAUCCAAUUGUUUAUACCAACGAAAAUGGGCGGUGUGCGCAUGAGUUCAUCCUGGAUGCGCGGGGGUUCAAGGAAACGAGUGGCAUCGAGGCAAUUGACAUUGCCAAACGUCUUCAAGAUUACGGGUUCCAUGCACCAACCAUGAGCUGGCCUGUUGCCAACACUCUGAUGAUUGAACCAACCGAGUCUGAGUCCAAGGAAGAACUGGAUCGGUUCGCUGAUGCGCUGAUCUCGAUCCGGCAAGAAAUUAGGGAGAUUGAAGAGGGCCGGGUCCCGCAAGAAAACAAUGUGCUGAAGAAUGCCCCUCAUCCGCAGGCAGAUCUUCUCCGGGCGGAAUGGGAUCGGCCCUACAGCCGGGAGCAAGCCGCAUACCCACUCGCCUGGCUCAAGGAAAAGAAAUUCUGGCCUAGUGUUGCACGUGUGGAUGAUGCAUACGGUGACACCAAUCUCUUCUGCACAUGUACACCCGUCGAAGGGUUCGAACAAGAGGGAAUUACAGGACUCCAGGCUCCCAAUCCUACGUGAUACCCACUUUUGCUAGGACCGUGACGGUGAUCGAUUGGAGUUCAACAUUUCCGAUGAUCAAGAAGUUGCGGCGGGGCUUCAGGCUGUCAAGGAGUGAGGUGGAAUUCGUUUACGGCGCCAGAUGGCUAUGCUCGAGGGCUCCAAUACCCCGCGUUUUCAACAGGAGGAAUCUUUCGAAGCAAUGAUUUGCAAAUGAAAUUUGGAUAAAUACAAAUUUCAAUAGAUGAUAUUUGACUGCAAGGUCAUAAGGCGGGUGAAGGCCUCUCGUCAUUUGCAAACAAUUAUAUCAACGGGAGCUUUCUGGCUCUUUCCCAUCUACGCUUUCCUGUGUGAAACGCAGAAACAACUUCUGCAGGGCAUUGCGAUCCACCGUUUCCCAUGGCUCAUGUUCUCAUUUAUGUUCUUUCAGACGUUGACGGCAUUAGAUUCGUUUAGCACCAGUCCUCCAUUCGCCGGCGUCCUCGACUCCACGUGCGACAUUCUUGGUGCCGUUCUCGAGGCCUGUUGCCGCAUUAUUGAGGCCGUCGCCGAGCGGACGCCCAGCUGAACCUGUGGCACCGGUGAUGGUGUCUCCAAUGCCUCGACCGGCGGCGCCUGCAACACCUCCUACCGUUCGCGUCACUCCACCUACGGUAUUCUAGGCGAUGCAGCUUAGUUUUGUUUCCGUGAGUUCGGAUGCAGACAGACACUCGGAGAAAAAAAAGAAGAUCAAUAUCAUUGAACACGUACCCCAAGUGUUGAAGUGACAAACUUGGCUGCACCUGUGACCCCUGUGUCUGAGGAUGAAGUGUUGAUGGGCAUUUCGUGCGUUUUCGUGCGUGGUUUGGUUGCUAAAAGUCGAUGUUGGUCACAAUUUAGAGGGCUUCGGAGGCGUAGAAUCCGUUCGAGCAGCGUCUGUCGGUAUGAAUGUUUCCUCAAGUGUCGGAAUUUAUUGCACUUUGCAAUAUAUAUGAGAACAACGAAGUCGUGGUCAUGUUUGACCAACUUCAUGUUGGUCGUUCGUUGCCUUGGACUUCAAGGGUCUCCAAUGACGUCAAUCAGAUCCAAUUUUGCGAUAUAACUAUCAGGUCUUGUGUUGACAUCCCAGUCUUUUAUCUAGGAUGUUCCUAGUGUUUUCGACCAAUAACGCCUAUGAACAAUCGCCUGAUUUCAGGUUUUGCCUGGGUUUGCACCUUGUGGUAUAGCGGUAUGUGAGUCACGUGAGUCACGUGAGUCUGCUGGGAAGCAACGAAGGAAGCAAGAACGAACAGCAAUAUCAGGCAGGCAGGCAGGCAUGUACUGAGACAUGGAAGGAAUGGCCAAUACAAGCCUAAUUGGGCAGUGCCCAACAAGGCUAUCUACACCAUGUAAGAAGUCUUACCCCCUCAAUGAGUGUCUUAUUACUACAGUAUAUGCCGAGAUGGUCCCCGAGUACCUAUCUUGAGUCAUCCUCUUCUAUCUCAUAACCCAUGAACCAGGCGUUGAAUGGACUCAAGGAAUUGACCGUUUGCUCAUCGCCUUAUUGGCAACCUUGGGUUCAUCUUUCAGCCCUACGAAACUCCCGAUUGGUUUCCAUUCCAGCAUCAAUUUUAGAACACCGACCGGCAAGUCCCACUAUCUGUAAGCUAUGAGCCACGAGACAAGUGCCGAUGGGUCUCUGGCUCUCAUCACAGCCUCUAUUGCGGCAGUUGAGACCAGAGGCACAGUACUGUGUGGUCCAGUUGGCUGGGUUUGCGGGACUCGGAACCGACCUUACCUCCCCAAAUCUCCGUGCCUUGGCUGGCAUAUGAAUGUCUCUUCUCGUCUGUGUAUGUAAGCUGAUCAAGCGAACCGAGCGGGUCGGUAGUUCGGUCGGUCGGCCGGCAGAUCGAUGGGGCGUUUUGCAACUUGCAUUUCAAGAUCCGAACAUCUUACGCGGGCUACCUACAUUGCAGCAACACCUUCCCAAUGUAUAUAAGUGCCGUAUGCAUCAUAUCUACUGUGCAUUAGCCAGGGGGCUCACCGGCGUUUAAUAUCUGCUCUGGUCGGUCUACAUCAUGG